AUGAAUUCCAACAACCCCUCCACUCCUGAGAUCGACGACUCAAUCACCGACGAACUCGACUACGAUUUUUUUGCGAGGCUUAUGCAGCAGAACACUGUCCCAUCGAGCUCUUCUAUCGCGCCGGUAGCUUCAACACAUCCUGGCCCAAUCGAACAGGACGGCUUCAGCCAGAACGACCAAAGCCUGUUUGAUUACGGCGACAACUUUCCUUUGUUCCCUUCUGAGAGCUUCGGAGACAACGGCGGCUAUUUCGACCAUCAAGGAGAUAUGUACACUUCUGGCGAGAGCGUACCCGGACAGUCGGUCCCUGACUGGAACCCGCAAGGAGGUUACAAUCACGCAGAGACUGGCCAACAGUAUCAGCCAGAGAGUAACGUAGUCUUCGGCUGGCAGUACGGAGAGCUUCAACGUUCAUCAGGCGGCCUGCGAGAUCCACCAGGCCCGCAACACGCACCAGGGCCUCAACAUGCAUCCGAACUGCGCGUUAGAUCAGCGCCGCCACCUACGUCAGCGACCUCUGAUAUAUCCAUGAUGCCUCGCCCACCCGUCGCCAACCAGCAGGCACCCGUCACACACCACACAGUAGCGACCGGUGACGCAUCUAUUCCCCAGCAGUCCGACAACAAGGACGCUGGAACUGGCGAGCAACCUGCUGACGAUGCUAACGGCGCGGGCGCUGCUAAAUCUUCUACACCAAAACACAUUCUUGAAAAAGAGAAGCAAGCCCGGGCCGCGAUCAGGAAGCUCAAGGCCAAGACCAGUAUGGAUGGGCAGAUGGGCGAGUCUAUCACCAUGGUUCGUACCAACACUGGAGUUGAGUUCAGUGGUACGAUGUGGAAGGCGCCUGCCAAUGAUGUGACCAUUCCUACAACAGAAGAUGACAUCAAGGCCUGCGUCAAUGCUCUUGACCUGGCAAUGCACAACGUCUUAAACAUCCGGGAGAAGGCCGAUGUCACGUCAACUAACAAUCGGUGGAACUCUGAGUCCAAGUACUAUUUCCCGGAAGAGUACAAUGCAGCUGCUGGCCUGCUUGUGAAAGAGCUUAUCAAAAUCCACACCGACGGUUGGACCAAGCAGAUCUUCGACCAGAACGAGCGUGAGCAAUGUCAGCUUACCCAGUUCUACACGUUUGAAGAUCGGUUCGAAGGUCUUCGGGAACUGCUUCACUACUCCAAGACGUCUUGUCAAGACAUCAUGAAGGGUUCUCGCUUCUACACCAUCAUCGCGAACCCCCGCAACCUGAUCCACCGCACGGCCACCAACAAGACUGCCAACGUCAACAAGGGUCAGCAGAUUCGGGCAGGUAAGAAGGCGAUAAAGAAAGCAAGCAGCGCGGCAGCUUCUUCAAGCGGCGAAGACAAGGGCGACAAGGCAACCCAAAAGGACGACGAGGAGGGCUCCAACAGCGAAGAGUCUACAAAGGUCAAGAAGCCCUCAAGGGGCAAGAAGCGCGCUCGCGAAGAGACCUUCGUUGCAGAGGACCCUGCUGGCCAAGCACCUCGCAAGAAAGCGCCUGUGAAGAAGCGUCGCAGCGAGUGA